CCCCCCCCGGUCCCAACUUAUUCACAGCCUCACAGGAUAUGGGAGAAACCAGGGAGAACGAUGGGUACGAGGAAGAGCUUGUAGACUACGACGACGAAGAAGCCCAUGCCCCAACCUCAGCGCUCAAAGUUAAUGGCGAAGCCACCAAGAAGGGCUAUGUUGGAAUUCACAGUUCAGGAUUCAGAGACUUCCUUCUGAAGCCAGAGCUUCUUCGAGCUAUUGUGGACUCUGGAUUUGAGCAUCCUUCGGAAGUGCAACAUGAAUGUAUCCCUCAAGCCAUCCUGGGAAUGGAUGUCAUUUGCCAAGCUAAGUCCGGAAUGGGCAAAACUGCUGUUUUUGUUCUUUCAACAUUGCAGCAGAUUGAACCUGUUGCUGGGCAAGUUUCUGCGAUUGUGCUUUGUCAUACUAGGGAGCUAGCUUACCAGAUUUGUCAUGAGUUUGAGAGAUUCAGUACAUACCUACCUGAUCUCAAGGUUGCCGUCUUCUAUGGCGGGGUAAAUAUCAAAGUUCACAAGGAUUUGCUGAAAAAUGAAUGCCCUCAUAUUGUUGUCGGAACACCUGGAAGAAUAUUAGCACUGGCAAGAGAUAAGGACCUUUCUUUGAAAAAUGUGAGGCAUUUUAUUCUCGAUGAAUGUGACAAGAUGCUUGAAUCACUAGACAUGAGGAGAGAUGUGCAGGAGAUUUUCAAGAUGACUCCUCAUGAUAAACAAGUUAUGAUGUUUUCUGCAACACUCAGCAAAGAAAUCCGGCCAGUUUGUAAGAGAUUUAUGCAAGAACCAAUGGAAAUUUAUGUUGAUGACGAGGCCAAGCUGACUCUUCAUGGUCUUGUUCAGCACUACAUCAAAUUAAGCGAGUCAGAGAAAAAUCGCAAGUUGAAUGACCUCCUCGAUGCGUUGGACUUUAAUCAAGUUGUUAUCUUUGUCAAAAGUGUUAGUAGAGCAGCUGAGCUGAACAAGCUACUGAAGGAGUGUAAUUUCCCCUCCAUAUGCAUCCAUUCUGGGAUGUCCCAAGAGGAAAGAUUGACACGCUACAAGGGUUUUAAGGAGGGGCAGUCGAGGAUUCUCGUGGCCACAGACUUGGUUGGCAGGGGGAUCGAUAUCGAACGUGUUAACAUUGUCAUUAAUUAUGACAUGCCAGAUUCUGCUGACACUUACCUGCACAGGGUUGGUAGAGCUGGUCGGUUUGGCACCAAAGGGCUUGCGAUUACAUUUGUUUCAUCUGCUUCUGACUCGGAUGUUCUCAAUAAUGUUCAAAUGAGGUUUGAGGUGGAUAUAAAGGAACUUCCUGAGCAGAUUGAUACCUCUACAUACAUGCCAUCGUAAGUGGGGGAUUCACAUUGGUCCGUAAUAUCCAUAUGGAAGCUUCACAUGGGAACUGUAGGCGGGUGUGCUGCAGAGCUAUCGUGUUCUGUUUCAAAUUAAUGUGAAACAAUUGGCUUGAGAAAUGGCAGUUGCUCAGAUCUGGUGUACACUGAGUUGAUGUAGCUUUUAAAAAAACUGUUCUGAGACGAGCAGAAUGCAGCGGAAUUAGGUUUUAUUCUACUAGGACUUUGCAAUGGAGUUGCAUUCCGGUUUGUGAAUUUUUAUUAUGUAGCAGCCAUAUAUGCAUUUUUCAACAAUUAUUAUGUUAUAUGUGGAACUUAGGACCUAUUGUUUUAGGAGUCGGGAAAGAUUAUUUGGCCCACACAAACGAUGCCUAGUUUUUGAAGAUGCAUGCAAUUGCCGCCUUCUUGA